GCUAAAGAUAUUUAUAGUUGAACCGUCAAGCGGGAAAUUCGCCUCUGCUCGGGAAAAUCGAGGGGGAAGACGCCUGGAUUUGGGUUUUGGCGAGCGGCCCCUGGGUCAGUUUCAUGUGGCGCGUCAAUUCCUUGUCAAUUUCCUGCACGCUGGUAAUUCCUAGUCAGUCCCGUGCACUUCCUCGUUAAUGAUGACUAUGACCGCGAUGGCUGACGGUCUGCUAGCACCAGACUCAUCCAAGUCGGCCUUUCUGGAGUUUGGUCAUCCCGCUCAGCAGUCAUCCCCUGGCAUGUCCCAUGGACACUACCCGGUGCACGGCCUGCACUCCAGCGGACACUCCCAACACGAUGGCUCCUAUUCCGGCGCCUCUUCCUACGGCAGAUCGCUGGGUUACCCGUACCCGAGCUCAGUUAGCAACCACGCACCCAAUCCGUACAUGCCCUACCAGAACAGCAGCACUUUGGGCCACACCAGGUUAGAGGACUCAGAGCACGAGAAAUCGACUGUAAUCGAAAACGGGGAAAUACGAUUGAACGGCAAAGGGAAAAAAAUCAGAAAGCCAAGGACCAUUUACUCGAGUCUGCAACUACAAGCCCUGAAUCACCGCUUCCAACAGACACAGUAUUUGGCACUACCAGAGAGAGCAGAAUUAGCAGCUUCUCUGGGACUCACACAGACACAGGUGAAAAUCUGGUUUCAGAAUAAGCGCUCCAAAUACAAGAAAUUGAUGAAACACAGUUCCAAUGUGCAAGAAGGCGACCACCUGCCCACCUCCGCUGCUUUGUCUCCAUGUUCGCCCAACAUCCCACCAGUCUGGGACGUGCCCAUGCCAAAUAAGGGCUCCACUAUGCCACCGAACAGCUACAUUAACAGUUUUGGGUCAUGGUACCCGCCGCCCCACCAGGACACCAUGCCAAGACCCCAGAUGAUGUGAUUAACCCAGAGUAGCAUCAUUCCCACAAACUUCUUAAAAAAAACACUCAAAACAAUGUCACAUGAUUUGAAGUAGUCUUAUGGACGAGAAAAGACGACUGAAUCGACAUAACAAUGACUAUAUGCUUUCAGUCGUAUCUAAACAGGUUUGUUCCAGAAAUACAAUGAGUAUAUAGAGUCAAACUCCUCUAAUGAGUGCAAUACACAGUUGUCGAAUGUUUGUAAUUCUAUUGGAGUAGUUUGAUGCGUCUAUAAUCUACGUUGUGAAUUACAAAAAAAAUCUGAUUUUAUACCUGUUCUAUUAAACUCAAUUUUAGUGUUUUGACAAAACAAAACUUUUUUUUACUCCAGGAUGCAAAUCCUUCUUAGUUGGGCAAAUGCAUGGGCUGUAUUUCAAAGCGUUUACGGAUAAACUAAUCCAAUCCCUUCUUUGGGCUCCUACCAUAUCAGCUUUCUUUUUUGUGUAUUUUUAUUUAAUUACCGUAAUUCAAGCUUGAAGCAUGAAUGUGUCAUUUGCCAAAUAUGGCUUCAGUCAGAUCGAGCUGCGAACACCUGGUUAAUUGAAGAAUAUGCGGCUGGAAUAUUCAGGGUUUUUUUCACCCCCAAAAACGAUCUGUUUAAUGUGAAGUGAAUUUGGUAAAUGCACACAUACAAUCACAAAACCGGAAUGGUUCAGCAAGUUUGGAAAUUCGCGAUGGAUUUGAUUGUUGAUCAGAAAUUCCCUUGAAUUUCUGAAAAAAAAAUCAAUACCUCAAACAAUAACCGUUUUCAAGAUCCUGGAGGAAAUAUUCUAUCUUUCCAACGUUUCCUGUAUUUUUCAAGACAGUAAACGUUUGAUUUGCACUGUAUAUAAUUGAACUGGGACACUCUAAACUCCUAUUUCCAUUGAGAUCUCCAAUUUGUGGAACUGCUGUGGGCAGUCGUUCAGCCAUGUUCAAAUCUUUCAAAUCUAACUGGAGGCGGAAACCUCUGGGCUGACUCGUUCCCACCGUUUGCAAAAGGGUUUUCAACAGGGUGCAUGCACUCUGUGCCCAUCCCUCCAGUCUCUCAACAGCAAACAAUGCUGUUCACAAUGAACGUGUUUUUUUAAAAUUUGAAAUACAGCCUAUGUUGUGACAUUAAAAAGCAAGCAAUAUGAAGGUAAACGAUUUCUUGGAGAGCAGACAGCGAGGGAACAUUACGUGUGUAUAUAUUGUUUAAUUAGUUGUAAAUAGUGCAUAUGUAUUAUGUCUCAUUAUUCUAAGUAAAACCCGUGUUAACGCGAUCAAUCGAACCAAUUUGGAUAAAUAUGGCUACCCAAUUUGAUAGUACGUUUCUCAGGAUUAUAGAAACCGAAGCGUGUUAGCAUUUUUCUAAAAAAAAGCAAUGCCGACUUAACUGUGGAUUUAACUGUAAUUAUGUGUAAAGGAACGACACAAGGUUUGCAUGUAAUUGAUCAAACUAUUCCAUUCAUUGCACAUCCCGUCACAGUUUCUCGCUUCAAUUUCCUUUGGGGUCAAACAUAAAGAGGAACCUCGAUAGAAUUUAAAAUAUAUAAAUAUAUAAAAUGUAUGCGGCCAUGUUAAAAAGUGGAGGAAACGUGACUUUUUUUUUGCAUGACCACAUUUUGGAUUCGCCAAGAACUGGUGCAUUUCUGGAAAUGUUAUUUGUCUUCAUGAUUAAAAAAAAACCUGGACUUUUAAAAUGAA